AUGGAGGCCGACACCGCCCAGAGAUAUCGUUCGCGCAUCCUUAGAGAAAUGAACGCCAACCGCGCCAACCCCUUCAAUUCGCCCCCCUCGUCCACCGGAUCCCAUGGCACAGUCAGCCCAACCGUGUCCUCUGUCUUCUCUGACCCGGACGGCGAAUCGACGCGCAGGCUUCACGAAGACAUUGCCAGAGUCACUGCACCGAGGAAGCUGCCAGUCAACUGGGAUGCCGCCCACCGCAAAUGGCCCGACUUCUUCUCCAAGCCCAAGGCCCGCGACGCGCCACAUGCCCUUGGAGAUGACCCUGGCCUCGAUAAACUUGCCACCGACGCGAGGCCCACGAGAUCCAAGGAGAACAAACAGCCCGUGCCUUCAGUUCAGUUUGCCGACGACUCGACCCAGGACAUGUGGCCCGGCUCCACCAAGACGCGUGCCGAGAUGCAACCUCGCGUCGACAACGAAUCCGACCACUCCGACCUCGUCUCCAAGUCGCCCACUACCCACGCAACUGCCUCGUCGGACUAUGCUUCUCAGCAGCCCCAGCGCCUUUCAUCCAUUUCAGAGGCCCUGGACCGAUUGCGACGAGCGUCGUUGAGCCCCCCAUCCGAUGGCGAGCACCGUCGACAGUCACGCGAGAGCGCCUCUCCCCUAUUAUCAUCCGCCAAGUCGAGCUUGACAGCUGUUCCCCCUUCGCCCAAUUCCUUUGCCGACGCAGAAGGCAACAGUACAUCGCACGCUCGAUCCUUCUUCAUGCCUGACGUCUCCCACCUUGGCGACUUUGUCACGGGAACCCUCAAGUUCAGCGGCUCCAUGAAGAACGGCGUUCCGAUCUUCGUCAAGAAUGGCCGGGUGCACGAUCGACGAGAAAGGCCAUCCGCGGGUGCUCACGCCGAGGUGGAUGGCAUUCAGGUGCCCGAGGUCGAGGAUAAGAUCUUUGUGUCCAUGGACAUGAUCCGUGACGAGAUUGUUUCGCUCCAGGAGCACCAUGACAAAGUGCAAGAAUACGCCGAGAACCUUCAGCAGCAAGUCGAGAGGCUAGAGGCCCAGCUCAAGUCUAGGAAAGACUCCAACGACAACGCGAGCUACCAUCAGCCCGAUAAAAAGCUGGUUGCACGCAAACAUCAAUUGGAAUUAGAAGUCACAUCGCUACAGUCUCGGUUAGAGCAGACGCAACGAAAGGUGAGCGAAAGUGAAUUGGAGAACGUUUCGCUGGCCCACGAGCGAGAUCGGGCUGUAAAAAGACUGCAGGGCGCGUGUGACGACAUCAGCAAACUCACGCGCAAGCUCAACGUGAAAGAGAAAGAGCUCGAGUCCUCCCACAAACAGCUCGAAAUCACCGACCAGAUGCGGCACGAUAAUGACACCCUUCGCCGGGAUCUCAUGUCCAUCAAACAAGGCCGCGAUGCUCUGGAGCUUGAAAACGCGUCGCUUCGAGCCGAGAAUGAGAGGCUGCGCAAAGAGCUCAGGCAGCUGAGGGAGGAGAACGAGUCCCUGCGGACCGACAACAGCGGCCUUCGAAGAGGUGAUGAUUCUCUCGCGAGCGAGAACAGGUCUCUUCGGUCCAACAACAAAUCCCUCAUAGAGGAGAGUGAGGAUCUCCGGGAGAAUCUCGAUGGUGUUCAGCACGAGCUCGACGCAGCUCGCGAGCAGGUUGAGACGCUGCGGCGGCAGGUCGAGACUGUGGACAGGGAGAAGACGGCUUUACAGGAGGACAACGAGAGUCUCGUCCGCCACAACGACAAGUACUUUAGCGAGAACAAGAUGCUUCGCCGAGAGAAUUCUGGAUUUGAGCGCAGCGUUGAAGACCUUCACGAGGAGAACCUCAAGCUUAGGGACGACAUCGACUUCUUGAAGCAACAGCUGGAUCACUGCCGGCCGCUCCCCAAAGAGGACUUUUCGGCCCGCCUGGAUGAAGAGACGGAGGAAAACAUGACGUCGGCGUUCUUUGUGCCAGACAUCACCAUCGACACGAACGAAUCAGGCCCAGCAGAGGCCACCGAGACCAGAGAGAUGCCCGCAUUACCAGAACUUACAUCCCAGAGUCACAAGACGACAACUUCACGCAACGACACAAGGCAGGAAACGCGAGACGUAACAAGGCGCGAAGUUCAGCAGGUGUCUAAGACCAAAAACAGCAGGAACGCAUCGACCAAUCACGCAGUGCAGCAAGGGCAAAAGGUUGCCUUCUCGAUCCCCGACAAACCGGCCCAGAGCAACAAGCCCGUGGCAAACAAAGGGAGCAAGCGCCGCAAUUUCAAUAAGGGGGCUUCACAACACGCCACGGACCUCUUUAACGACCUCGACGACACCACGGGGCCCCAGUCUGUUGACAACAUGACCCAGGACCGAGGCACGGUCUCGCUCAACCUGUCUGUGAAAAACAACACGCAUGGCCAAUCCAGACCGCGAGAUACAACUAGCCAAAGUAUGAAGGUCCAGCAAGCACAGCAGGCUUCUACCCGCACGACUCAAAAGCUGGUUGUCGAGACCGAGGCCACCACCCAAACAAGCAAGCGAGCGGUGGACACGGGUUCUGCUUGCCCGGCGCUCUCGAGCGAUGCCCGCCGAAUACUGGAUGGGUUGUGCGAACACAACUGCCGGAACUGCAUAGUCUGCAGCCGCAUCACCUCCCACCGCGGCGUCGUGACUUCUGCAGAGGUCGCCGCCGGGAAGAAGCGCGUCACGGUGUCGCGGCCCGUUCCCGUCACCGACCGCGAAAUCAGCGACGAGAAUGUCACGGUGCGGCCGAGCCAGUCUCCAGGCCACGCCCUGGCCCUUGUCAUCAAGGGCUUGGAAGACGAAGGACAGCACCUACAGCUCGAGCUGUCACGCCUGCAGGCGCGUUACAACAGCGGCGACAAGGCCCUUGGCCGAAGAGAGCGGCUCAGUCUCGCCGAGGGCAUUCGCACGCUGCUGAAGCGUCUCGAGGUCAAGAAUGACCAAAUCUACAGCCUGUACGAUGUCCUGGAGGGACAGAAGGCGGCGGGUCAGGCCAUGAGCGAGGAAGAGGUCGAGAUGACCGUCUUGAACAUUACCGGCAUGACGGUGCGGGACGUGACGAGCGGCAGUGAGCAGUUUACCUGGGAGGGCAUCCAGGAUGAGGCUUGA